AUGGAAAGUGCUAUUAUGAUUGAAGAAAAGGAGUCUGUACCUAUAAGUACUACGGAAUCUCCAGAUCCUGUGUAUUUGGGGUCUGAAUUGGAGGAACUGUCAACACAAGAAAUAAACGAUGUGAUAGUUUUAACUUCUCAGCUCUCGUCAGACGAAUUGGUAACCAACGAAGACAUAGCUCAUACUGAAGCACUCAUAGCUGCUAGUGAAAAUAGUACGACAUUCAAUGUCUGGGACAUUUUUGUGAAAGGGCUGGUCAAUUUGGUCUUGCCUUUUAUUAAUGGGUUGAUGUUAGGGUUUGGAGAGAUUUUGGCUCAUGAGAUUGGGUUCAAAUAUGGUUGGAACGUUAUAACCAACCGUGAGUUAAAGCAGACUUCUGAAUACAGCAUAGAUGAUGUUACGAGGGCGCUAUUGGAUGCUGGAUUGAUAAAGUACGAUUUUGGGGAGAGUAUCUUGAGCAAGCGACCAUUACUCAAUAUUGGUGAUAGUAAUAAGUAUGUGACCAAAUCUGUUGAUGCCUUUAGACAAUGGCUAGACUAUAGUGAUACGUUUGAAGUGUCCAAGAGAUUGACUCUGAUUCCCGAUGAGAUGCUUAAGAAUUUGAUGGAUAAAAGAAGAAUAGACGGAGAUGAUGGAGAUGAAAAACGACGUAAAAAGAGAAAGGAACGACAAGCAGCUGGUUCGUUUGUGCUGUUUAAACAGGGAGAGAGUGGCGUUGGAGACGGCGACGUUGACGGCGACGACGAAUUAGAAUUAGAACCAGAAGAUCAAAUGCCAUGGUUGAAUUAUAUGAUGGAGAAAGAUAUAAAGUUGGGACAAGAUUAUAAGUACAUUGAUACUGUUUUAUUCCCCCAAUUUGAGCAAUAUUUGAGUAAUUCCAAGUAUCACCCAUUGACGGCACGUAAUUUGGACAAGUAUUAUGCCCAUGUGAAUAAGAUUAAUGAAGAUGAUUACAUUGCUGCAGAUAUUGAAGAUGAAGACGAUGAGAAUGUCCAACCAGCAGCAAAUACACCGGCUGCAACAGCAGCAACCACAAGCGGCGGACCAAUAAUACCAACAAAGGUUGGAGCGGCUACGGCAUCUGGAGGUCGUAUUGAACUUUCAGAAGAGUUGAUUAAAAACCUACCCUACAAUAUCCGGUACAAUAAGAUCUUAGCUGAUGAUGAUAUACACAAAUAUUUAUCCGAUAAAGGCAAAGCCCCAGAGGAAUCAGAAGAAGGCUUCGACGAAGAGCAUUAUGAAGAGGAUAAUAAUGUAAUGGUUUUGGAUCAAGUGGAUGUAACUCAAUUGAAUGACGAAGGUAUUGGAGGAGAUAAUAAUUUACUCUUUAUGUGA